GUUAUGAUGGUGCUGCCACCAUGAGUGGAGUAUACUCGGGUGUUCAAACUCGCAUUCAAAAGAAAGAAAGAAAUGCCUUGUACAUUCACUGUGCAGCCCACAACCUUAAUUUAGUUCUACAAGAUGCCGUGAGCCACGUACCUGAGGUGUCAAGAUUUUUUGAGGUGAUACAGAGUUUGUAUGUUUUUUUUGGAGAAAGUAUCACCCGAUGGUCUGUUCUUCAGUCACUAACCACUGAAUCCUCUGUGACCCUAAAAAGACUGUGCCCAACACGAUGGUCAUCCCGUUAUGACUCGCUGCUUGCCCUACGCUUUCGGUUUGUUGAUGUCCUUAAAGCACUGUCUAAAUUAAUAUUGACUUCGACCAAAAGUAAAGAGAGGGAAGAGGCCAGGGUCCUUAGGAAUAAAAUUGAAUCUUUUGAGUUUGUCUUCCUACUUGUUCUACAGAGUAAAGUUCUGGAGCAUAUAAAUGCAAUAUCAAAGGUUCUGCAGUCAGAACAUAUGGAUCUGUGCAAUGCAGCCCAUUUAAUUCAUAAUGCCAUUGAAGCUCUUAGCAGCUACAGGAAGCAAUUUGAAGAUGCUAAAACAACAGCUAUCAAACUUGCUGAGAAGUGGGGAAUUCCUGCAAUGUUUGUAAUUAAAAGAGUGCCCAAAGUAAAGCGCCAUAGUGGGGAGCUAUGUUUGGACGAAAGACUGCAAGACCCAGAGAAGAGAUUUAAAACUACUAUUUUUUAUGCUACUUUAGAUGUAAUAACAUCCCAGUUAUCAAGCAGAUUUGGUAGCAUGAACACUGUAGUUGAAAGAUUUCGGAUCAUUCAGCCACGUGUGCUGGCGACUGAAUCAGAGGAUAACUUGUUUCAAGCUGCACUGCAAUUUCAGCAUUAUUACCAAGAUGACAUAUCUUCCGAUUUCGCAGGGCAAUUGGUUAGUUUUCGGAGCGCACUGCAAAAUGAGAUCUCUGAGCUCCACACAGUUAAAGAUUUGGCACACCUGCUUAUAAUUGACAAUGCUGCUUUGUCAUCUACCCUACCGGAUGUAUGUACAGCUUUAAUACUUUUCCUCACAUUACCAGUGACGGUGGCAUCUGCAGAAAGAUCAUUUUCCAAAUUAUCUCUGAUUAAAAAUUACUUGAGAAACAGCAUGUCACAACAACGGCUUUCUGGCCUUGCCCUUCUAAGCAUUGAGAAUGAAAGAGCAAGAAAACUGGACAUUCCAGCUAUUGUUGACAAAUUUGCUGAGUCUAAAGCGAGACGGCGCAACUUCUAGUAAUAUGUAUUUUGCGUAAGUGAGCAGUUUGUUGGGUACAGGGAGUUAUAUUAUCAAAGUUCAUACUAACCCAGUUCAAUUUAUUCAACUUUGGUUGUACUAAACAGUUAACUAGUUUGGUUCUAUUUUAGCUGCCUUCUUUUUGGUAACAAUGAUGCAGAUUAAUAAACAAUUCUGAUGUUGUUAGACUCUAAAACACAACGACCGCCUUUGAACUAUUUGAAUACAGCACUGGUUUCUGCACAACAAAAGCUUAAUAUCAAAAAGAAGGCAGAUGUUACCAACAUCAAAAAUACUUAACAUAAUUACUAAAUGCUACCAUCUCCUUUCCUACAGUGAGAACAAAUUGGUUCCUUUCUACUUGAUGCCUCCUCGUUGGACCUGGCUGGUUAAUUUUGAUGUUUCAUUUGGAUUUCUGUUCUGGUUGAGAAGCACAACUCGUGCUUAUUCACAAUCAAAUUUUGUGAGAACAAAUUGGUUCCUUUCUACUUGAUGCCUCCUCGUUGGACCUGGCUGGUUAAUUUUGAUGUUUCAUUUGGAUUUCUGUUCUGGUUGAGAAGCACAACUCGUGCUUAUUCACAAUCAAAUUUUGUGAGAACAAAUUGGUUCCUUUCUACUUGAUGCCUCCUCGUUGGACCUGGCUGGUUAAUUUUGAUGUUUCAUUUGGAUUUCUGUUCUGGUUAAGAAGCACAACUCGUGCUUAUUCACAAUCAAAUUUUGUGAGAACAAAUUGGUUCCUUUCUACUUGAUGCCUCCUCGUUGGACCUGGCUGGUUAAUUUUGAUGUUUCAUUUGGAUUUCUGUUCUGGUUAAGAAGCAUGACUCGUUCCUUUUCACAUUCAAAUUUUGUGAGAACAAAUUGGUUCCUUUCUACUUGAUGCCUCCUCGUUGGACCUGGCUGGUUAAUUUUGAUGUUUUAUUUGGAUUUCUGUUCUUGUUAAGAAGCACAACUCGUACUUAUUCACAAUCAAAUUUCAGUGAUUUACCAAGAUAUGGGUCAAGAAGCUUUAUGCCUUAUGUGGAGAAUCUUUGUUCUGGAACGCUUUUAACAUUUUUUUCUAUAUUUUAUAUGGUAACAUUAAAAAAUUAAAACCCCUA